AUGCACGACCUAUUUUCAAUGCCAGUUUUCUUCAUCAGCUUCCGUGAAGCUUUGGAAGCAGGCAUCAUCGUCUCGGUUCUCCUGGCAAUGCUGGAUAAAUCAGAUAGCCUCGGCAGCGAUUCGAGAUUGCGAAAUGCGCUGACCCGUCAGGUCUGGCUGGGUACCAUAUCAGGUGCCGCGCUUUGCUUUGGAGCAGGAGCCGUCAUCGUCAUCGGAUUCCGCGGUCUUGUCGAAGAGACUAUGGGCAGUGCCGAGGACAUUUGGGAGGGUGUCUUCUCUCUCUUGGCCUCUCUCAUCAUCACCGUCAUGGGUGCCGUCUUUCUCCGCGUCGGCAAGUUUGAAAAGGCAUGGCGUUCGAAGUUAUCCAGGGCCGUGGAGGCUGAGAGGACCACGGACACAUCCGGUUCUCUCUUUGGGCAAAUUUCUAACGCGGGAAACAAAUACGCCCUGUUUAUCCUACCUUUCAUCACCAUUCUCAGGGAGGGCUUCGAGGCCGUCAUCUUCAUCGCAGGCGUCAUCGCCACCUCCCCAGCCUCAUCUAUUCCGCUGUCAGUAAUAGCUGGCACGGUCGUUGGCAUCUUCAUUAGCUUCUUCAUCUACAAGGGGAGGAGUGUUACUUCUGUGCAGAAUUUCUUACUACUGCCGACGUGCUUACUUUAUCUGAUUGCUGCCGGCCUCUUCUCAAAGGGAGUGUGGCACCUGGAAGCGCAUCAAUGGAACAAGAUAGUGGGUGGUGAUGCAGCAGAACUUGGGUCAGGACCUGGGUCGUACGACAUCCGCAACAGCGUGUGGCAUGUGAAUUGCUGCAACCCCGACCUUGAAGGCGGCGGAUUUUGGGGAAUUUUCAAUGCGGUCCUAGGUUGGCAGAACUCGGCGACAGUAGGUUCCGUCGUAUCUUACAACGUCUACUGGGUAGUCGUUGCCUCAGCCUUUUACUUGAAGAUUCGUAGCGACCGCAGAAAGUCCAGGUUCACUGCGGCUCCAGGAAGCGUUCGUGAGCCUCUCCUGGUAAACAACGAGAGCAGUUGA